UUCUCUCUGGAAGACACAAGCAGAACUGCACAAGGCAGAUUCAAAAAAGCAGCCAUGACUUGGAUCUUACUAGCAACAUUGUUAGUGAUAACAAUGUCUACUUGUUCAGUAUCAGCAGUGGAGCUCAGCAACAAUGGCUACAACAACACCGCCUCUCUGCUGCAAUUCAGUGAGGGCGUGUCCAUGAUGCAGCACGACCAAGACAUGGGGUUCUUAAUGGAUUCCUCCACCAGCAGCAGUUUGGCUGUUGGAUUUACAGACCCUGGGACGCCGACCACAGGAUCUCGUAAUCAGCCGUUUUUUAACUGUGGCCGAGGGAAGCCAUACAACAGCUGCCUUCCCAAAUCAAAUGCCCCUCGAAAGAUUCCAGAACAUUGUGGCUACAUAUAUCGUGAGAAUAAAAAUCGUGCCUGUCAUUAGUCCUGAAUCAUCAAGUGGCUUCUAUAUUAAUUGUGAUUUGUUAGACAUGCCUGCAAUAGGGCAAUUAAAGAAGGAUGCUAAGCAUGCAUUGGCAUAUCAGCUUCUUAAGAUCUUUCUGACUCAAAGACUGGAUGCCUAUUUGGAAUUUCAAACUGCAAAUUCUACUUUCCUUAAAAGCUAUGGUCUUGUUCAUGAAGACUGUAUAACAAAGAUGAGGUUGAUCUCAUUGGUGGAUCUUGGUUCUGGUGGAUCUGGCCAAAUUCCUUAUGCCCUUAUCAGGGAUACACUGGGGUGUUUGAUCAGUGAAGAUGAGGUGGAAAUGUGGGUGGUUAAGGAAAUAACUGCCAAAUUGAUGGACUGCAAAAUGGACAAAAUGAAUGACGUUGUGAUUGUGAGCCGGUGUACUGAGCGUGUCUUUUCACUACACCAGUGGGAAACUCUGAGAACAAAGCUUGCAACUUGGAGGGGUAAUAUUGCAAAUGUAAUCAGUACUAUUCAAGCAAACAAGAUAACUGAAGAUGGGUCACAAGGAGUGCAAGGUUUAAUGAUACGCUAGACAGUUUUUUUAUGUCAGUUUUUCUACAGCCCCUGUUAUUUAGGGAUAGGUCGGACUAUCAUUUGUGGCUGAAGUAUCAUACUGAAAUUUACAUUUGUUGAACGAUAAUUUUUAGUGUAUUGGAAAUUUUGACAGAAUGAGUUAAUCAUAUUUUGUUUGUCA